AUGACUUUUGCCAUGACACGGCGGUUCCUGAUGCGAGGCGUGAUGGGAGAGAGCCGGACGGCCUCUGUGAUCCGAGCUGUUCGGCCUCCCUUGGCACGGCCCAGUCUGGAGCAGACGCGUCUGCUGAGCCGGACACGGCAGCAGCCGCAGCCGGGCACGGACGAGCCAGACGACGCAGGGACAUACAGCGAGUCGGACCACGAGCACGCGGUGAUCUCGACGUUUGACCUCUUCAGCAUCGGCAUCGGCCCGUCGUCAUCGCACACCGUGGGCCCGAUGCGGGCGGGCAACAUCUUCAUCGUCGACCUGGCCGAGGCCGGGCUGCUGGACCGCGUGCACAAGAUCCGCGUGGCCAUCUACGGCAGCCUCGCGCUGACGGGCGAGGGCCACAUGACCCCGUCGGCCAUCCUGCUGGGGCUCGAGAGCGCCGACGUGGAGACGGUCGAGACGGCCUACGUGCCCACACGCUUCGAGCAGAUCAAGGCGACCCGGCAGCUGGUCUUGGGGCGUGGCCUCGCCGACGGCAGCCCCGGUCGCACCAUCGACUUCGACUAUAGCCGCGACUUCGUCUGGGAAUGGGGCCGCAAGCUGCCGAUGCACAGCAACGGCAUGCGCUUCACCGUCUUCGACGCCGACGGCUACGUCCUCGCGCGCAACGACAUGUUCAGCGUCGGCGGCGGCUUCGUCGUCAACGGUGCCCUCUCGGUCAAUCCGCUGCCCGGCUCCUCUGACGAGCAGCGCGGACACCCGGCUGACCUGUCCGAGAAUCUCUUUUACAAGGAAACCCGCCGCUCUGACGCCUCCGGUGACCGGCGGUCCGGCGCUGAAGUCCGGCCGCUGUCUCUAGGCGAUGGAGACGCUGCAGACGAGACGCUGCUGCCAGGACCGCCCGAAAGCACGUCGCUGGCCGCUCCUGCUCCAGCAGCCUCAGCCACAAUUACUUCAGUCACAGCUCCAGCCACAGCCGCAGCGCCUGCCGACAAGUCCAGCCAGCCCCGAUACCCUUUCCGCGAUGCGGCCAGCCUGCUGUCGCUCUGCCGGAAGCACAACCUGACGAUCGCCCAGCUGGUGUAUGAGAACGAGCGGAGCCACGGGUACAGCGACGAGGAGAUCUACGCCAAGCUGGCGCGCACAUGGCAGGUCAUGGACAACAGCAUCUUGGAGAGCGUGCAGGCGCCGCUGAAUGCCGUCUUGCCGGGCUCUCUGAAGCUGCAUCGCCGCGCUCCGGCUCUGUACCGUCGGCUGACGCGGGGGCUCUACUCGGCGGCCGACAGCGACGCAACUAGGCCGAGCUCGCCGUCGUCUGCUAUGGCUGCGCUGCCAACCGGUGCCAGUCUGGCCAAGCGAGUCAUCCCGCGCAUCCACGGCGCUCUCGACCAUCCGAUCGCUCCGUCGCCGCCACGGCGCACCGCCUUUCCGGCCAUGGACUACCUGACUGUCUAUGCGAUCGCCGUGAACGAGACCAACGCGGCCGGCGGGCGCAUCGUCACGGCGCCGACCAACGGUGCCGCCGGCAUCAUCCCGGCCGUGCUCAAGUACAUUAUCGAGUUUAUCAGCGACGACGCCGAACGCGACAUCUGCACGUUCCUCCUGACGGCCGCCGCCAUCGGCAUGCUCUACAAGCGCGGCGCCACCAUCUCCGCCGCCGAGGGCGGCUGCAUGGCCGAGGUCGGCGUCGCCUGCUCCAUGGCUGCCGGUGCUUUUGCUGCCUGCAUGGGCGCUGGGCUCGAGACCAUCGAGAUGGCUGCCGAGAUCGGCAUCGAGCACAAUCUCGGCCUCACCUGCGACCCCAUCGGCGGCCUCGUCCAGGCCCCCUGCAUCGAGCGCAACGCCCUCGGCGCCGUCAAGGCCGUCUCCAGCGCCAAUCUCGCGCUCAGCAGCAGCCCCGGCACCCAAAAGGUUCGCCUCGACGACGCCAUCCAGGCCAUGCGGCUCACGGCCAAGGGCAUGCGCAACGAGUUCAAAGAGACCAGCCUCAGCGGCCUCGCCACCAGCGUGCCGCUGCACAUUCCCGUGAGCGUGCCGGACUGUUAG